UGGGAUUUGCGGAGGGUCAUGAACCAGACCGACGCGCCCCGGCCGCUCAACUGGACCAUCCGGAAGCUGUGCCAUGCUGCCUUCCUCCCCUCCGUCAGACUACUUAAGGCACAGAAAUCAUGGAUAGAGAGAGCAUUCUACAAGAGAGAAUGUGUUCAUAUCAUACCCAGCACCAAAGACCCCCAUAGGUGUUGCUGUGGGCGUCUAAUAGGUCAACACGUUGGACUAACUCCAAGCAUCUCCAUUAUUCAGAAUGAGAAAAAUGAAAGCAGGCUCACUCGCAAUGACAUCCAGUCAGAGAAAUGGUCCAUCAGCAAGCACACACAACUCAGCCCGACAGAUGCUUUUGGAACCAUUGAGUUCCAAGGAGGAGGCCACUCCAAUAAAGCCAUGUAUGUACGUGUGUCCUUUGACACAAAGCCUGACCUUCUUCUGCAUUUGAUGACCAAAGAGUGGCAGCUUGAGCUCCCUAAACUUCUCAUCUCUGUACAUGGGGGCCUUCAGAAUUUUGAACUUCAGCCAAAACUGAAGCAAGUCUUUGGAAAAGGCCUCAUUAAGGCUGCUAUGACAACUGGAGCAUGGAUUUUCACCGGAGGAGUAAACACAGGAGUCAUUCGUCAUGUUGGAGAUGCACUGAAAGAUCAUGCCUCAAAAUCUCGAGGGAAGAUCUGCACCAUUGGUAUAGCUCCCUGGGGGAUUGUGGAAAAUCAAGAGGAUCUGAUUGGCAAAGAUGUGGUUCGACCAUACCAGACAAUGUCCAAUCCCAUGAGUAAGCUGACAGUGCUCAACAGUAUGCAUUCUCAUUUUAUUUUGGCUGACAAUGGCACUACUGGUAAAUAUGGAGCAGAAGUGAAACUCCGUAGGCAGCUGGAAAAGCACAUUUCACUUCAGAAGAUAAAUACAAGAAUUGGUCAAGGAGUUCCAGUCGUGGCCCUUAUUGUGGAAGGAGGUCCUAAUGUUAUCUCUAUUGUUCUGGAGUACCUGCGAGACACUCCCCCUGUUCCUGUUGUGAUAUGCGAUGGCAGUGGCCGUGCGUCUGACAUCCUUGCCUUUGGUCACAAAUACUCUGAAGAAGGAGGACUUAUCAACGAGUCUUUGAGAGACCAGUUGCUAGUUACCAUACAGAAGACUUUCACAUAUACCCGAACCCAGGCACAGCACCUCUUUAUUGUCCUCAUGGAGUGCAUGAAGAAGAAGGAGCUGAUCACAGUAUUUCGCAUGGGAUCAGAAGGACACCAGGAUAUUGAUUUAGCUAUCCUGACAGCAUUACUCAAAGGAGCUAACGCGUCUGCUCCCGACCAGCUGAGCCUGGCAUUAGCCUGGAACAGAGUAGACAUCGCUCGCAGUCAAAUCUUUAUUUACGGGCAACAGUGGCCGGUGGGCUCCCUUGAGCAAGCAAUGCUGGAUGCACUGGUGUUGGACAGAGUGGAUUUUGUGAAAUUGCUCAUAGAAAAUGGAGUAAGCAUGCAUCGUUUUCUCACCAUCUCCCGGCUAGAGGAAUUGUACAAUACGAGACAUGGACCAUCCAACACUCUCUAUCAUCUAGUCAGGGAUGUCAAAAAGCGAGAAUAUCCAGGUUUCGGUUGGAUCUAUUUUAAGGGAAAUUUACCUCCUGAUUAUCGAAUAAGUCUGAUUGAUAUUGGUUUGGUGAUAGAGUACCUGAUGGGAGGAGCAUAUCGCUGCAAUUACACCCGAAAGCGGUUCAGAACACUGUACCACAAUUUAUUUGGACCCAAAAGGCCAAAAGCCCUGAAACUGUUGGGAAUGGAGGAUGAUGUCCCUUUGCGGCGAGGGAGGAAAACAACCAAAAAAAGAGAAGAAGAAGUUGAUAUUGAUUUGGAUGACCCUGAGAUCAAUCAUUUUCCCUUUCCUUUCCACGAGCUGAUGGUGUGGGCCGUGCUGAUGAAACGUCAGAAGAUGGCUCUCUUCUUUUGGCAGCAUGGGGAAGAAGCUAUGGCUAAAGCACUAGUGGCUUGCAAACUGUGCAAAGCCAUGGCACACGAAGCAUCAGAAAACGACAUGGUGGAUGACAUAUCCCAAGAACUGAACCAUAAUUCCAGGGACUUUGGCCAGUUGGCGGUGGAGCUGUUGGACCAAUCAUACAAGCAGGAUGAGCAACUGGCAAUGAAACUGCUGACCUACGAGCUAAAGAACUGGAGCAACGCCACAUGCCUGCAGCUCGCAGUGGCAGCCAAGCACAGGGACUUCAUUGCUCACACUUGCAGCCAAAUGCUACUUACAGACAUGUGGAUGGGUCGUCUCCGGAUGCGCAAAAAUUCUGGCCUGAAGGUAAUUCUAGGAAUUCUACUUCCUCCUUCAAUUCUCAGCUUGGAGUUCAAGAACAAAGAUGAUAUGCCUUACAUGUCCCAGGCUAAUGAGAUCCAUCUUCAAGAGAAGGAGCCAGAGGAACCAGAGAAGCCAGUGAAAGAAAAAGAGGAGGAGGACAUGGAACUCACCGCAAACAGCAGGAGCUGCCCGCAGGAGCCCGUCUGCAGGCAGGCAGAAGGAUCUGCCUACAGGACCCAAUAUGCAGACAAGCCGAAGGAGCAGCCCACAAGACCUACCUGCAGGACACGUUUGCAGGCAAUGCUGGGACGAGGGAAUGGAGAGUCCUCAAGAAAGAAAGAGGAAGAGGAAGUUCAGAGCAAGCACAGACUGAUCCCUUUUGGAAGAAAGAUUUAUGAGUUCUACAAUGCUCCCAUUGUUAAAUUUUGGUUUUACACACUGGCAUAUAUAGGCUACUUGAUGCUGUUCAAUUACAUAGUGUUAGUGAAGAUGGAUCGCUGGCCAUCUACACAGGAAUGGAUUGUCAUCUCGUAUAUUUUCACUUUGGGAAUAGAGAAGAUGAGAGAGAUAUUGAUGUCAGAGCCUGGAAAACUAUUACAGAAAGUAAAAGUGUGGCUCCAGGAGUAUUGGAACGUUACUGAUCUCAUCGCUAUCCUCCUGUUCUCUGUCGGAAUGGUGCUCCGUCUGCAAGACCUGCCGCUGCGGAGCGAUGGCCGAGUGAUCUACUGUGUCAACAUCAUCUACUGGUAUAUACGGCUACUAGACAUCUUCGGAGUAAACAAGUAUUUGGGACCAUAUGUCAUGAUGAUUGGGAAAAUGAUGAUAGACAUGAUGUACUUUGUCAUCAUCAUGUUGGUGGUUCUGAUGAGCUUUGGUGUUGCAAGACAAGCUAUUCUCUUCCCCAAUGAGGAGCCUUCAUGGAAGCUGGCAAAAAACAUUUUUUACAUGCCUUAUUGGAUGAUCUAUGGGGAAGUAUUUGCAGACCAGAUAGACCGUAAGCAAAUUUAUGAUUCUCAUACUCCAAAGUCAGCUCCUUGUGGUCAAAAUGAAACCAGAGAAGAUGGCAAAAUAAUCCAGCUACCUCCCUGCAAGACAGGAGCAUGGAUUGUUCCUGCCAUCAUGGCCUGUUACCUCUUGGUUGCAAACAUCCUUUUGGUGAACCUCCUUAUUGCUGUUUUCAACAAUACAUUUUUCGAAGUCAAAUCCAUAUCCAACCAAGUAUGGAAGUUUCAAAGAUAUCAGCUAAUCAUGACAUUUCAUGAAAGACCUGUUCUCCCACCGCCUCUGAUCAUUUUCAGCCACAUGACUAUGAUAUUCCAACACCUCUGCUGCAGAUGGCGGAAGCAUGAAAGUGACCCAGAUGAGAGAGACUAUGGAUUAAAACUGUUCAUAACUGAGGAUGAACUGAAAAAAGUCCAUGAUUUUGAAGAGCAGUGCAUAGAAGAAUAUUUUAGAGAAAAGGAUGACAGAUUCAAUUCCUCCAAUGAUGAAAGAAUCCGUGUCACUUCAGAAAGGGUAGAGAACAUGGCCAUGCGACUGGAAGAAGUGAAUGAGAGAGAGCACUGCAUGAAGGCCUCUUUGCAGACUGUUGACAUCAGGCUUGCUCAGCUGGAAGAUAUGAUGGGACGAAUGGUGACUGCCUUAGAAAAACUGACAGGCAUAGAGAGAGGUGAGACAACCAAGAUACGAUCCAGGACCUCAUCUGACUGUACUGAUGCAGCCUACAUCGUGAGGCAGAGUAGCUUCAAUAGUCAGGAAGGAAAUACUUACAAGCUUCAAGAGAGCAUAGAUCCCAUGGGAGAGGAUUCCAUGUCUCCAACAUCUCCUACAAUCACACCCCGCAUGCGAAGCCACUCUUUCUAUGCAACAAAUGUGAAGGACAAGUGUGGAUUGGAAAAGUUUGAAAGCAUCUUUAAGGAAAGAUCUCCAAGCCUGCAUCGGGCUACCAGUUCCCACUCGAUAGCGAAAGAAGGAAAGGUUCCCUUAGCCCCUACCAGCACUUUGUCAAUUGCCCCAAACUCCAGAAGGCCUUCAUCUUGUAUAGACAUCUACGUUUCUGCUAUGGAUGAGAUGCACUCCGACACAGAGCCACUUGACAGCUCCAUAAAUAUUCUUGGUACCAGAGAUACAGCUCUGCAGGCUCACAUAACUUCUUCCAUUUUAGCAAACAGUGCAUACAUUAGUAGUACACCUGCUGAAAAAAUUUCUGGCAGGAGUCUUGAUUAUGAGGAAACCUCUGGAAUAGAAACAAGAGCAUUUUCUUCAGACUAUUCGCAAAUCACAGAUUGCCAAAUCCCCUGGGAUUCAGACCCUCCCUUGUAUCAUACUUUAGAGCGCUCUAAAAGCAGUCGUUAUCUGGCUACAACUGCAUUUAUUCUGGAAGAAACACCAAUUGUGAAAUCUCACAGCUUUAUGUUCUCUCCAUCUCGAAGCUACUUCAGCAGCCUUGGUGUCCCAGUCAAAACAGCAGAGUACACAAGUAUUACAGACUGCAUAGACACAAGGUGUGUGAGUGCUCCCCAGGCCAUCGCAGAGAGAGACUGUUUCCCUGGAAGUCUUGGGGGCAAAGUGGAGGACUUGGGAUGCUGCCAUCCAGAGAGAGAGGCUGAACUAAGUCACCCAAGCUCUGAUCAUGAAGAUAUUGAGACCAAAGACAAGAAGGGUAUCCCCUUAUCUCCUCAAGAGGGCAAUGCUACAAGAACUUUGGCCAACAGCAUCCCGCUUCCAAAAAUAGAGCGGGCCAACAGCUACUCUGCAGAGGACUCCAACAUGUUGCAUGCACAGCACACACGGAAGAGCUACUCUAUCAGUGACAAACUUGACAGACAGCGAAACACAACAGGCCUGAGAAACCCAUUCCAGAGGAGUAAGUCCUCGAGGCCAGAGACCAGAGGGGAUAAUCUCUCCAUGAGGAGACUGUCAAGAUCAGGAGCCUUCCGCAGCUUUGAAAGCAAGCACAGCUAG